AUGAUGCUCACAUUCAUCGCCUCAAUGUGUCAUUCGUUUAUCGCGGAAACGGUGACAGAAAACCGAAACAAGGACAACCCGAGCGCGAUCAGUAAACACGCCGGCUAUUACUCAGCAUGCAUGCUUUACGCGGCCUCUUUGAUCUCAAAUGUUGUCGCACCUCCUUUGGUUUAUGUUCUAGGUUUACGAUUUUCCCUAUUCCUUGGCGCUUUCUUCUAUGCUAUUUACAUGUCAGCGUUCUUUCAUUUAACAUCAUGGUAUCUGUAUUCGGGAGCGAUAGCUGAUGGAUUGGUGUCUGGAUUGAUGUGGACAGCCGUUGGUCAGUAUAUGACGUUGAACUCCAAUGAGAGAACAGUUGGACGAAAUAGCAGUCUUAUGUACAUGAUAAUCAUGUCUGGUACUCUCUGGGGUGGUGUCUUUCUCGUGGUGAUGUUUGGCUCGAAGAGUGAUCGAGAUAUUUCAUUGUCAACUCAAUACAUUCUCUAUUCCGUAUUCACUGCUGUUUCCCUACUCGGCGGGCUCAUCUUCUUAAUGCUUCCAAAUCCACCAGAAGAUCGAAAUGAGAAGAAAAAACUUGAUGAUGAUCAACCGAGAAAUCAUUGGGGAGAGGUUUUGGAGGAAUUAUAUAAAUCAGCACGGUUGGUGAUCACGUUCGAUUUCCUACUGAUUGCCAUUCCGUCAGCUUUCACUGGAAUCGAGUUGUCAUUUUGGGUAGGCGUCUAUCCAACAUCUCUAUCAUUCACGAAAAGCUUCUCGAUGAACACCAAUGUGAUGAUUGCAUUGAAUUGCAUAUCAGUUGGACUUGGAGAGCUUUUAGGUGGUCUCAUUUUUGGAGUCUUUGGCAAGAAACAAACGAGCGUAGGGAGAUAUCCAUUUAUGUGGCUUGGAACGGCUUUGAGCAUUGUUGCGUAUAUUGCUAUUUGGUUGAAUAUACCCGGACCCGCUUCGUUUGAGGAAACUUAUGAGAUUUCUGUGAUUCAUCCAAAUAUUGCUUUGGCAUUAAUCUGUGGCUUUCUACUGGGAUUCUUUGACUGUUGCAUCAAUUCGAUGAUCUACCCAUACAUCUCAGUGCAAUUCGAGGGACAAACAAAGCAAGCGUUUGCUUUGUCCAAAUUUUUCCAUUCUGCUUUGAGUGCCGUUUGUCUCUUCUACGGCUCCGUGUUCUCAAUUCAAGUUCAACUAUCAAUCCUCCUCGUCGGAACAAUAAUCUCUUCAAUAUCUUACACAUACGGAGAACGAAGAUAUCAUGCAAAACAAAGGCGUUUUAUAUUAGAAUCGGAGUCAUCGGGGCGGCCGUUAGCUCAAACGAUUAGCAGUAUCAGCUCUGACUCAUUUCACAAAUUA